AUGAUAAAUGCAGCAGGCCGUCGCCGCGGCUUUCGAGUCUGCUCACGCUGUGUCCAUCAGACCCUUGCAUCGCAACCCAAACGAUGGCAAUCGUCCCAUGCAGCGACUGCUGCCAAAGCAAGCCAACCAGUCGAUCACGCGAGCAGCACCCACCACGACGAUGCCGUUCUUCGUAACCUGUUCGAUGCGCCGGCCGGUCGCUCGUUUCCCGAUCUCGGUCUGAAGAAGAACCAUGGUCUCUUCAAGAAUCGGUACUUGACUAGUCCCGACGGAUUUCUGCUGUUUGCGCAAAAGAACCUCGAAAGAGCCACGAGAAUAGUGCAAAGAGUGCUAAAGGCAUCGACUGUUCGCGAAUACCAGAGCAUCGUCAGGGACCUGGACAGAUUGAGCGACCUGCUAUGCCGGGUGCUGGACUUGUCAGAUUUUGUGCGUAUGUCGCACCCGGACUCGCGAUUCCAGGACGCGGCAACCGGCGCAUGGUCAAUGGUGUACCAGUACAUGAACGAGCUCAACACGAUGACUGGGCUGAGUGACCAGCUCUCGCAGGCUCUCUCCAGACCAGAGGUGACGGAUGCCUGGUCAGAAGAAGAGAAGACGGUGGCCGACCUGCUGAAGCUCGACUUUAUGAAAUCGGCCGUCAACCUCCCCAAGAGGUCACGCGACCGCUUCGUCGAGCUCUCAUCGCGCAUCAGUGAGACUGGGUCUGCGUUUGUGGGAGGCAUGGCACCCGAGAGGCGAGAGGUGACGCUUCCCUCCCACAGGUUCUACGGCCUGUACCCAAGUCUGGCGGCAUCGUUAAAGUCGCGAUCGCAAAUCACAAUCCCGACGAUGAGCUCCGAGGCCGCAGCGGCGAUGCAGAGCGUACACGACGAGGAGACGCGGAAAGAGCUCUACCUCGCCCAGCGCAAGGCUUCCAAGAAGACAAUUGGACGACUAGAGUCGCUGCUCAAGCUGAGAUCUGAGCUGGCAGCACUGGCCGGAUUCCAGAGUCAUGGCCACAUGGCCCUCAAAGACCGGAUGAUGGCCAAGUCUCCGUCGUCUGUGAUGCAAUUUCUGUUAGCCCUGCGGGAGAACAACUCGUCCAUCAUCGAACGCGAGCUGUUGGAGCUGACCGACAAGAAGCGCGAGAAGUUAGCUGCGCCCGACUCUACGCUGCAAGCAUGGGACAGAGACUUUUACAUGGAGAAGAUUCGUGGCGAGAUGCGGUCGCGGGCCAGACAGGACGACCAUCUGUCAGCAUACUUCUCCGUUGGCACUGUCAUGCAGGGUCUCUCGCGACUCUUUGACCGCCUGUACGGCAUCCGUUUCAUACCACGGGAAACCCUCUCCGGAGAGACCUGGCAUUCUGACGUGAAGCGCCUCGAUGUCGUAUCGGACAAGGGCGAGCAGCUUGCCGUGCUCUACUGCGACCUCUUUUACCGACCUCAGAAGUUUCCUAACCCCGCGCAUUUUACGGUGCGGUGUUCGCGCGAGAUCCUCACCAGCGAGCUCGAGGAGGCCAGCGAGGAUAUCGGCGCCGCAGGGCUCCCCUCGUUCGAUACGCCUGAGCAGGCCGCCAAUGAUGGGAUGGAGGUGUCGUCAGCCGACGGGACGUUGAAGCAGCUGCCCACCAUUGCCCUGGUCUGCGAUUUUCCCAAGAACGACAACGCCAAGGAGCCCGCUCUCCUAUCAUUCUACUCGGUCGAGACGCUCUUCCACGAGAUGGGUCACGCCAUACACUCCAUCUUGGCCCGCACCUCUUUCCAGAACGUCUCGGGCACACGUUGCGCGACCGACUUUGCCGAGCUUCCCUCGACGCUCAUGGAGCACUUUGCCGCCGACCCGUCGGUGCUAAACCUCUUUGCUCGUCAUUGGAAGACGGACAAGCCGCUGCCGUACCAUGUCAUUGCGGAGCGCAUCCGCCUGGCCAAGCGGUUCGAGGGCAUCGACACGGAACACCAGAUCCUCCUGGCCAUGAUUGACCAGGCGUAUCACGGCCCUCAAGUGGCCGCGCCCGACUUCAACUCGACCACCGUCUACCACGACAUACACGCGCGCUACUCCCACGGACCGCGCGAGCCCCGCGAGACAUGCUGGCAGGGCUUCUUUGGGCACCUGCACUCGUACGGCAGCACAUACUACUCGUACCUCUUUGACCGUGUGCUAGCGGAGCGCGUGUGGCGUGUUGUCUUUGGUGCGGGUGAGCAUGGAGGCGCGGUGAACCGAGAGAACGGGGAGCGACUCAAGGAGAAUCUCCUGAAAUGGGGCGGCGGCCGCGACCCAUGGCGCUGUCUUGCCGAGACGCUGCAGGACGACCGACUGGCUGCGGGCGAUGAGCACUCGAUGGCGCUGGUGGGCAGCUGGGGGAUCAAAGAUGUCAGUCGCAAGAAUGGAUAG